AUGACUUCUUUCGAUUUGAGUGAUGUUGCAGCCGCCCUUCGCACAGCGCGCGCCGAUGCGACGCCCAUCGAUCCACCAACAAAGACUUGGCCCAGUCUCAACGCCGACGACGGAUUCAAAGUGCAAGAGAUUAACUCCAAGUAUGCUGUUAAGAACGGCGAUCGCUUGGUUGGCUAUAAGCUUGGCAAUAUCGCGAAAGUGAUGCAAGCCGCUUUUGGUCUCGACCACCCAGAUUAUGGAUUCUUGCAUGCAAGCUCCUUUCUGUACGAAGGUACCGCGAUCCCUCGUGGCAAAUUUAUUAAGCCAUUCGUUGAGUUGGAACCUGCCUUUGUGCUCCGAAGCUCCCUCAAGGGCCCCAAUGUCACUGUGGCAGAUGUUAUCAACGCCAUUGACUAUGCAAUCCCUGCAAUUGAGAUCAUCGACUCCCGUGUCAAGAACUGGGCAAUCGAUCUUCCAGAUACACUGGCGGAUAAUGGAUCAACCGGAGCUAUCAUUCUCGGCGGUACUCCCCGCAAGCUUACCGACCUUACACUCAGCAACACCCGGGGUUCUUUGAAGUUUAACGGCGAGGAAGUGAUGUCAGGCAACACAAAAAAUGUCCUUGGAAAUCCAUUGUCGGCAGUCGCGUGGCUAGUGAACCGUUUGGCCGAAUAUGACAUCGAGUUCAAAGCUGGCCAGGUCAUUAUGCCGGGGAGCUGCUUGGAGGCGGUACCAAUGGAGAAGCUCGGUCACUGGUCCUGUACAUUUGAAGGAUGGAGCACAAUCGAGUUUGAAGUUGUGUAA